AGGAUGAUUCACGGAGAGCGCAUUCAUAUCUAUGAACGGGAUUUUAUCCGUCGAUUUCGAACCAUUGCGGCUCCGCUGCCCACGAACCCCACCAAAUGGGCCAAAAUACGCACCGGGCUGUGCGAUCUGUUUCAAGAGUUCUGCUCCAAUAGCACAAUUCAUGGCAUCGGCUACAUAGGAUCCCGACGGCAAUCGAUAUGCGAAAAAUUCUGGUGGGUACUUGUCAUUUUGAUGUCCCUGUACGGCUGCGGUAAUCUGAUCGACAACAUCUAUCGCAAAUGGGAGGAAAAUCCAGUGAUUAUAACUUUCGACGAAAAGCACACACCCGUUUGGGAGGUUCCGUUCCCUGCUGUGACCAUCUGCCCGGAGGCGAAGGUGAAGAAAACCUUGAUGAACUUCACGGAGUCGUUCUUCAAAUUCACACAUGCCAAUCUUUCCAACAGCAUGAAUGAUACAGAGAUUUCUUUUGAUACAAGCGAGACUAUUUUUGAUUGUCAAAUGAAUAACGUUAUAUGCAAUGACAAGUUUGCCGAAACGAUCACGGAGGAGGGCAUCUGCAUGACCUUUAACGGAUUCUCCUCGGAUAAGAUGUUUCGUAAAAGCAUUCUGCAUACAGACUACGAAUAUCUCUCGGAAACACGACGCACCACUAAUUGGAGCCUCGAAAGAGGCUACUAUUCUGAUACAGAUUUGGACCCCUAUCCAAUCCGGGUACUAGGUUCUGGAUUUGCAGCAGGUUUGUAUGUUAACCUUGUAACAUCCCAUGUUGAUGUGGACUACCAUUGUCGCGAGGCCCAAGGGUUUAAAGUACUGCUGCACGAUCCUAGCGAGUAUCCACAGGUAUCGAAUAAAUUUAUUCGUGUUACCCUUAAUCGUGAUGUGACGAUCGCUAUCAAACCGCAAAUUAUCGGAACAGAGAAUGAGUUACACGACUAUUCCCCGGAACGACGUCAGUGUUUUUUCGAUCGCGAAAAGGAACUUUACUUCUUUCGCGUUUACAGCCAGGCUAACUGCGAACUGGAAUGUCUCACUAAUUUCACCCAAAAGUUGUGUGGUUGCGUUCGGUACUUCAUGCCACGCACUAACCAAACCAGAACUUGCGAAACAUGGGAGAUUAAGUGUACAUUAGGAGCACAAAUGAAACUACUCGAGCUGAAUGCCAUCAGUCGUAUUAAACGUGAAACGUACGGUGAAAAUGAAUGCAACUGUUUACCGGCUUGCAACUCGAUUCAAUAUGAUGCCGAAAUUACUCAAACGAUCUUCAAAUUUAAGGAAACGCUACACCUACGACGAGGCCCAAACAUCACGAGCGACAAAAUGAUUGACAGGAAGCACAUCUCUAAGGUGGAAAUAUACUUCAAAGAUGUUCAGUUUAUCACAUCUAAGAGAACAGAACUCUAUGGAUUGACGGAUUUUGUGGCGAGCUGCGGUGGGAUCCUGGGAUUAUGCAUGGGUGUGAGUUUACUCAGUUUAGUGGAGUUGCUAUAUUUCUGUUCGAUACGGCCACUUAUACUGGUGAAGAAUACUCUGCGACGUAACUUUACUAUUGUUGAGAUAAAGGAAGUGAAAAAAAAAUAUUAG